AUGGAUGAUCUCUCCAGCCUCGACUGGUCCUCGACUAGCUCUGGGAAGGGCACCAAGCCUCAGCCCAUGAACCCCAUGAAACCCAUGAAACCCAUGAAUCCACCCUCCUUCUAUCCAACCUUGCGCCCGACCCCGUCUCCUCAACCGUCCGGUCGAUCAACACCGCUCUCGACCCAAGCUUCCGGCCUGGCCGCUCCGAAGUCCAACACCCCGAAACCUGCGAACGACAGCUUCAGCAACCUCGUGAGCUUCGGCGGCGCGAAAAGUAGCGCCAAUUUGAGUCUCCGAGAACGGCAAGAACAGCUCGCGGCAGAGAAGCGCCAGAGGGAGGAGGAGCAGAGGAGGAAACUACAAUCACAAUAUGGCGGUGGACAGUUCUGGGACAACAUCGGUCAAGGUUCUGCGAAUGCUUCGCGGACUGUCUCGCCUGCUGCUCCAUCCUUUGGUGGCGGCGGACUAGGGGCUCAAAACGGACUUAAGAAGGACGAUGACGACCUCUUCGCGGCCUUCAACAAAGAUACGGUGGUUGAUAAUGCCAGUCAUUACCCUCCACCGGCGCAGCCUCUGUCCGGAAAGAGCACUCCAGCAAGUGCCACCCCCCUCGACCUAAGUAAUGCGAGUGCAUGGAACAAGCCUGCAGUCUCUAAUGGUGGCGAGUUUAACGACGACGACGACCCCUUUGGUCUAAACCAACUGAAACCUCAGUCGAAACCACAACGGCAAGCCACAAUUGAGUCUCAGGAAGAUGAUGAUUUCCUUGGGGACCUUGGCAAACCUGUUGAAGAGGUCCGGCGCAAAGCCCAAGUGGCACGGCCUAGAGCAGAACCAGGCAGGCCCAUCGAAGGGUCCGACUCGGAAUCUGAGCCCAAGGCUCCCUCAAGGCGCGGCGGCAGCUCCGAUCCUUUCGACAAAGCGGUGGCCGAAUUGGUCGACAUGGGAUUCGACACGGAGAAGGCGCGGCGGGGCUUGACGGAGAGCGGAGCUGGGCUUAACGUUCAGGCAGCGGUAGGCUGGCUCUUAGAUGAUGCGCACAAGCAAGCUCGAAACACGCAUGGACCCAGAGAUUCCCCUGCUGAACGCACUAGAAGGGAGGAUAGUGGCUCCAGGAACAAUGGUAGCUCCGGACGGGCAAGGGAUGACGAAGCUGGGCGCAUGCCUCCGCGGAGGGACACCCAAUCACCCGCAUCGGGAGACGACUUCUCGAAAAAGGCUGCUUCAGUGGGAAACAGCCUUUUCAAGACUGCCAAUUCGUUGUGGAAAACUGGUCAGAAGCAGGUUCAGAAAGCCGUCGCAGACUUCCAACAGGAGGGCGGUGACCCCAACCAGCCGAAAUGGAUGCGUGCCGCACAGCAAGAGAGAGCACAACUUGCAAGGGGUGAGACGAAGACCGGAACCGACGAAGCUAUGAUGCUAGAAUCUGGUAUGCGGCCCGAGAAGCCAUCCUCUCGACCGACACAGGACCGGCGUCAUCCUUCUCGCGAUCAGUCCCCUGCUCUGCCUUCGCGAUCUUCCGCUCAAUCUUCAGUGACUCCACGGUGGCAGCAACCGGCAACGUCGGGUCUGGCUGACCCUCGAGUAAGGCUGAGCAAGCAGGCUAUCGAGCAACAAAGCGCGGAGGCAUAUGUCAGUCCCGCGAGGAGGAAGAAAGCUACACCGCAGCCAUCGCCUCAACCUAAGCCAGAAGCAGAUCUUCUCUUCAACACCUCGGCUCCGCAACCUUCCCAGCUAAAGCCUCAGCGAUCGACUCAACCAUCCCCUUCUACAGCCAAGCCACCUCCGCAAGUUGUUUCGCGGCCCAUUACCACUCGGCCACCUCCACCUACUAGGAAAAUACCCACUGUCUCAUCAACAGUCCUUCAGGCUUCCUCCAAGCAUCGCCUUGAUGGGACUGCUCAUUUCAAGCGCGGAGACUAUGACGCGGCGCACACAGCGUAUUCGAACUCUUUGUCCGGCAUACCGCAGAGCCACCCAAUUUGCAUUGUGAUUCUUACCAAUCGCGCGCUUACUGCGUUGAAGACCGGCAAUCCUAAACAGGCUGUCGGGGAUGCAGAUGCCGCGAUUGGUAUUAUUGGACUUUCUUGCGGCGAAGGCGAAAAGGUGUCGUUACCAGAUGGGGACGUACGGGACAUGAAGGAUCUCUACGGUAAAGCACUCAGUCGCAAAGCGGAAGCGCUCGAGCAGAUGGAGAAGUGGGCUGAUGCCGGCAGUGUGUGGCAGCAAUGCGUCGAAGCUGGUGUUGGAGGCGCCAGUGCCAUCGCCGGCCGGCAGCGAUGCCAGAAGGCGCUUGCCCCGAAACUCAAAGCAGCACCGAGGCCGGCUCAGCCGCCGAAAGCGCGGCCAAAGCCCUCCGCUGUGUCAGACUUCGCGCCGCAGAAAAGCUCAGAAGCCGUACAGCGGCUCAGAGAGGCGAACAAAGCGGCCGAAGCAGCCGACGAUGAGAAGUUCGCGCUUGGCGAGAAAGUCGAUGCUCGAAUCUCGGCAUGGCGGGAUGGCAAAAGAGAUAACCUACGGGCACUGCUGGGAAGUAUGGAUCAAGUGCUGUGGGAGGGCAGCGGCUGGAAGAAGAUCGGCUUACAUGAAUUGGUGAUGGCGAAUAAGGUCAAGAUACACUAUAUGAAGGCCAUAGCAAAGUGUCAUCCGGACAAGCUUCCCCAAGAUGCCAGCACAGAGGUACGGCUUAUCGCGGCUACGGUAUUCGCGACGCUCAAUGAGAGCUGGGACAAGUUCAAAGAGGACAACAAGUUAUGA